AUGAAGUUAUCGCUAAAGGGCGAGAAGUCCAAAUACCAGCAACCACAAGACCCAAUUAAAACCAGUCGAAUUGGGAAACCUCAACCAACCUUGCAUAUACCGGUUUUUCAACAAAACCCUUUCCUGUGCGUAGCCACCAUCCUGAAGGAAUAUAUUGACAGAACAGCUAGCUUGAGAGAACCCGACAACGAUUUUCUAUUCGUGACAUAUAAAAAACCACAUACCAGGGCGUCCAAAGACACUUUAAGCAGAUGGAGACAGCAUGUGCUGGGGCUCGUAAAUAAUGUCUGA